UCGUGUCCAGCAAGAUGGGGGACACAGCGCCCCCGCAGGCCCCCGCAGGAGGGCUAGGGGGGGUCUCUGGGGCGGGGCUCCUCGGAGGGGGCUCUGUCACCCCAAGAGUGCACAGUGCAAUAGUGGAGCGCCUGCGGGCCCGCAUCGCCGUCUGCCGCCAGCACCACCUGAGCUGUGAAGGCCGCUACGAACGAGGCCGGGCCGAGAGCUCCGACCGGGAGAGGGAGAGCACUCUGCAGCUCCUGAGCCUGGUGCAGCAAGGCCAGGGGGCCAGGAGGGCUGGCAAGCAUGCCAAGGCUGCCCCCACCACCACAGGGGCCCCAACAGGCCCAGCACCACCUCCUGCCCCUCCUGCGGCCCCUCAGGCAGGAUCGGCAGGACCACCAUCACAGACAGAUCAUCACCAGCAGCACCCUCUGAACAGUGGCAACAAUGGUGGCAGCCUUGGGAUUAAUGGAGACCAGCGGAACCCAGCCCUGAUUGCGCUCCAAGGCUCCUUGAAAAGAAAGCAGGCGGUCAGCCUUUCUCCUGCCAGCAACAAGAGGCCCAAUGGCUUUGUGGACAACUCGUUCCUGGAUAUGAAGAGAAUCCGCGUUGGGGAGAGCCUUUCUGCGGGACAAGGUGGCCUCCAAGCCAACGACGGGCAAAGCCAGCUUCUGGCAGGGGCCAUGCCCAUGAGCCAGGCGCCCCUGAGGAAGGCCGGCGAUCUGCCUCCCCCUGCACACUCUCCCGGCAACAGUUUGUUUAGCACGGGCUUAAAGGAGGUGAAGAAGGAGCCCCAAGAGGCUCUCUCUUGCAGUAAGCACAUGGACAGACAAAUGAUCCAGGAGAGCAUUUUCCCUAACAGGUACGGAGAUGACCCUGGUGAGCAGCUGAUGGACCCAGAGCUGCAGGAGCUCUUCAACGAACUGUCCAACAUCUCUGUGCCGCCCAUGAGUGACCUGGAGCUGGAGAACAUGAUCAAUGCCACCAUUAAGCAGGAUGACCCGUUUCACCUUGACUUGGGCCAACAAAACCAGAGAAGCACACCCAGGCCCUCCUUGCCCAUGGAGAAGAUGGUGAUCAAAAGUGAAUUCUCGCCAGUCCUGACGCAGGGCCCCUCCAGCUCUCCUCAGCUGAGGCCCCCGUCGGCCGGCCCUGCCUUCUCUGUGGCCAGCGCUGCCCUGUCCACUGCCUCCCCACUCCCGGCAGCCCCUCCGGCCCAGGCGCAGGCACAGACGGCGUCCGGGGCGAGCCGGGCCCUGCCAGGCUGGCAGGAGCUGUCCCACGCCCAGCAGCUCAAGCAGAUCGCCGCCAGCCGCCAGCAGCAGGCCCGGACGCAGCAACACCCGCCGCCCACCUGGCCAGCCUUGCCCUCCUCCGCCGGGCCAUCCCCGGGGCCAUUUGGGCAAGAGAAAAUCCCCAGUCCUCCCUUUGGUCAGCAGCCGUUCAGCCCGCGGGGCUCCCCCAUCCCUGGGGUAGCUGGGAGCAGCAACCAGGCAAAAGUCAUGGCUAACUACCUGUUCAAAGCCGGCCCCACGGCCCCGGGAGGGCCCCUGGAUGCGCUCCUGCAGCAGAAGCCCCAGGAGCUCGGCCGGAGCUUCAUCAACAGCCCACACCACGCCUUGGAGCCCCGGCCGGGCAGCACCAAGCCCCUGUUCCAUUUUAGCUCAGAUCAAGCAAACCAGCAGUUGCCUUCUGUUCUGCCCUCCCAGAGCAAGCCUUCACUCCUACACUACACGCAGCAGCAGCAGCAGCAGCAGCCGCCACCGCCGCCAGCGCCCCAGGCCAGCCAUCCUCCACCAAGCCAGCCACUGCUGAGGACACCCCUGCCACUCCAGCAAAAGAUCCUGCUUCAGAAAAUGCAGAGCCCGCCCGUCCCGGGCCUGGGCUGUCAAGUGACCCCACCACACAGACAGGAUCAACACUCUGUGGUAGGGCAGAACACAGGCCCCAGUCCAAGUCCCAACUCUUGCUCCAAUCCAAACACUGGAAGUGGCUACGUGAGCUCCCAGCAAUCACUGUUGAAUCAGCAGUUGAUGGGGAAGAAACAGAUGCUGCAGAGACAGAUCGCAGAGCAGAAGCAGCAGCUCCUUCUCCAGCAGCAGAUGCUGGCAGACUCGGAGAAAAUCUCCCCACAAGAUCAGAUAAACCGCCAUCUGACGAGGCCACCCCCAGAUUACAAAGACCAAAGAAGACAUGUGGGCAGUCUCCAGCCCGCAGCCCCGUACUCCGGUGGCUCAUCUUCAGUGAGUUUAAACUCUACUCAGGCUUUGCCAAACCCAGUUUCAACACACACCAUUUUAAAUCAAAACCCCAGCCUCCUGUCUGCCUCGCAUGGGGCGAGAAUGCCGGCCUUGCCCUCAGUGGCGCAGAACGCAGGGGUGUGUGCAAGUCUGCCCUGCAGUCAGCCGGGCCCAUACAGUGCCCCGCCGGGAAUGAAUCCGCUGACCCCGCAGAGAAAUCCCAACCAACUCAUAGCAAACCCAAGCAACCCUCUGAUGUCGCGGCCAUCUGCAUUAGGGCCAAAUAACAGCAGCGGUGUGGCCGCUGGGUCAGUUGGAUUUGGAGCUGGAUCUGCUGGCAAUUCGCAGCUGAGACCAAAUGUAACCCACACAGUGGCCAGCAUGCCAAGCCAGAGGCCGAAUGUGACGGCCACACCCAACACAGCGGCACGGAGCUGGGCCUCUCAGGAGGUGGCGGCCAGCCCACAGGUGGCCUCGGGGGCAGCCUAUGCCCCCGGUCAGUCCCUGCAGCAGGCCGGGGGGAGCCAGCAGCUGCCCCAGAGGACAGUGGCCCCACAAAGCCAGUCGACACCCAUCCUGCCAGUGAGACCUGCCAGCCAAACGAGCCAGACUUUAAAUGGACAGACCUUGGUUCCCCCAAGGGGCCUGAGCCUCAGACCCAACCUGCUGAGCACCCAGGCUCUGUCUCAUCUGAGCCCAGCAGGGACAGGGUUGAAUCUGCCCAGGACUGGCCUGAGCCAGCCACCAGCCCUAACUCCCAGCCACUUCCCUUCAUCCAGCCCAAGCUCAAGGGCUUUCCAGGGCACCGAGCCGGUCAGCGAGCUGGCCUUUGACUUCCUUGGCCCACAGGUGGACGGUGUGGGCCCAGCGCUGAACAGCGACGUGGACUUCAUCGACUCUCUGCUGAAGACAGAGACGGGCCAGGAUGACUGGAUGAAGGACAUCAAUCUCGACGAAAUCCUGGGGAGCAACUCCUGAGGGGAGGGGUGUCAGAUGGCGAGCGACAAGCACUCCAGAGCCGCAUUUGACAAGGACACCACCAAGGCCAAGCUGUGCCUUGCACAAGUGUACCACACAAGCAGGCCAGUGCCUCGGCGUGGACAGCAGAAAGUCAGCGCAGUUCUGGAUAUUCUGGUCCAAAUUCUUGUUUAAACUCUGAAACCUGAAAGUAACACAUCGGGGUCACUUUCCUGCCUAAGCUUCAGAUUGUGUCACCCAAGUGACCCAAACAGAACUGUCUGGCUGAUGUGUCAUUGUGUGAAAUAGGCUUCCCCAGCUCCCCCCACAGAGGAAAUAAAACAGAGCUUGUCAUUUGUUUAAGCCCCAUAUCACGAGGGGAUACUAGUUCCACUUGAUAGCAACAAAUUCCUUAAUUUGCUCUCAUAGAUGAGGGUGGUUUAAUUUCCCACUGUUUUGUCAUUUGAUUUUCAUAAAGCUUGCGGGAUAUAUCAAAAUGUUACAGGUUUAUUUGGAAGGGAAAGUCAGCAACUUAGAAAGCAUUCAGUGGGUAGUCGAAUUCCUUCCCUCAAUUCAUCCCUCACUUGUUCAAUUUCUCCACACAUGCUAUAUUUCAGUGGGAUCUAUAUCUAGUGACAAAAGAAGGAUGUCAAACUGCGCAAUCUGAUUUCCACAACCUGUUUCGGAACCCAUUCUUGUCUGAGUUUUAGAUAACCAAGACCUCUCCUAAGCAUGCUGAAAUACUGAGGCGCAUUGCCUGCCUCCAAUUUCACCUUAAAAAGUUGGACGUUGCCAUAAAGGAGAUUCAUAGCCUGAAGUUUUACUUAUUGGGACUGGAGUCCUUUGGCUGGUUCAUAAGCCGAGGCAAAUGAAGCCUUGUCUUUCUAGUAUUUUUGAUGGCCAGAAAGUGGUUUGUAAGGAAUAAAAGUUUAGAGGGCCAAACUGCAAUUAGAAAGCAUCAUGUUUUGAUUAGUGUUAAAAAAAAUAAAAACAGGAAUGGCAGGUAUAAGUGGGUACAAAUCUUUUUCAUGGAGUUUUGAGGAAAGCAUACUUGAGAGAAAAAAUAAUCCUUCUUUGGAUGUCUAAUGGGCUUGGUUGAAGGGCCACAGAGAAUAGGGUCUGCUGAUGUCAGUCUACUCACAUUUCUCUGCCUGCCACCGUGAAACCAUGUGCUACACGAUCUCCCCACCUCGGGAUGAGUGCUACAUCAAAAACAGCAUCUUUGUUAACCCCAGUACCCACGCGCAAGAUACCCGUUCAGUGCAGAAUACGGCUCUCGUUUUCCUAGUUAGGGAACAGCAAAAGUUAUGCUCAACCUUUCAGUUACACACUCACACUUUCAACUAUCAAAUGCAACCUAUCUGAAACCAUUUAAAACCCACGUCUUUUAGUAUCAGCUCAAAUUAAAACAAAAACAAGAACACAUUUGGAAAGUUCUGCAAAGCCCUCUCCAGGCCUAACGGCGCCUAGGGGGCGCUGUCCACCCUUAGCACCAAGGUCACUAGCCCAGGAUCUUUGCUGUGCUAAUUUGUAAAUACAAAUGAAUUACUUGUUUUGUACACUUUUGUAAAGAAUAUUUUGGUAGAAAUACUUAAAACAUAUUCUUUGUGUUAUAUUUAUACAUAUGUGAAAUAAAUAUACUAUCAAAAGGUUAUAUUUUAUACAAAAAGUAAAUUGUUACCUUUUGUAUGCUAAUACACAAAGUUUUGUAUACUAGGACAGUUUAUUUUUAGCUUGAACCAUGGGUGGGUCAGGUAGGAACUUCUGGAAGGUCUCACGAGAAUUGUUAGACACAUUUAUAUUCUGAAACCUUAGUAAGAAAGCAUUCCAGGUUUCAAUCCUUCCCUUUUUGUUUUCCUGCUCCAAAUUCUUUAUAAAGCCCAUAGUUCUCAUGUCUGAUUUGAUUAUUCUUCUGUGCACAUUGUAUUAAUCUUUUUUGCAUGUAGUCUACUGUGUUUUUCCAUUUUAUACAGUGUUGUUAUUCCAUACAAAAAGAGAGGGAAAAUAAUGUACAUAUAAAACUUUUAUUCUAUGGCUCUUCCAAGUUACUGUAUAUAUCUGCCAACAUUUCCCAUCUUCACUCCUAUAAUUCAGAUGAUUUUUACCCUAACAUUAAUAGUGUGUUUGCAGUAGCUAUCAAAUUUAAAAGAUAAAGCAACCAGAAUGUUUGAAUUUUCUUCUUUCUUAAUGUGAAUUUCAUAAUUAAUGUCUAUUUAUUCAGCUAUUCAUCAAAAUGCAAGAUUCUUUGGGAAAAUGGUAUAAUCUAUAAUUUCUGUUUGUUGGCAGCCUAUUACCAAAGAUGAUGUCAUUUUCCUGAAAGCUGAGAUAAUGACAAUUUGAUGGACAUAUUUAGACAGAACUUUAAUGAUUUAUAACUUAAAAGCUAUUAGAAUACAAUCCCCCAUUUAUAGAUACCAGACUACUUAAUUGUAGACAUUGUUUAUCAUCCUGACAUAUUAUACAGGAGGCAGAAUUACUUUUUCCUUUCUUUUUAAAAUUCAGACUAGAAAGCAAUUUAAACAAAUGAUUCAUUCUCAGCUUUGUGUUAAGCGCAAUGACUCCAUGUGAAUGCACUAAUACAUCCUCACUGCUGUAACGUACCCACAACUGUAAAGAUUUCAACUUGUAAAACAAGCAUUUUGUAUUGUGUGUGAUUCUGUGUGUAAAAAAUAAUUUAAAAAUUCAGAAGUGGUUUUCUUGUAUGAGAUCAUACUUUCAGUCACCAGCAAUAUUAUUACAUUCCAGAAAGUUCUGGGAAUGAGUAACACCAAUGAGUAUUUAAAGGCAAAUUUUUCCUGCAGGAAGCUUGCAAUACUAGUGAAAUGCUGACCUGCCUCUUGUCAGUACAGAUUAGUUUUCUUAGCUUGUAUUAGAACCCCUACUAAGGACUGAGGAAACACUGCCCAUUCUCCCUGUUUGUGGUCACUUGCCUGGCUUGCUUUGUGACAUUUGGUCAGACCUGGCAGAGCAAGCAGGGUUCAGUCAACACAGCCUGAUGGAGACUAUUUAAUAACCUUCUUUAAUCAAGAAAGUCAAAAGAGAGAUAUGCCACUGUAGGAGGUAAGAACAUCUAUUCCACAUUCUCCUGCCCAUUGUCUAAAUAGGUCACUCCAUUACCUCCUGAUCUACUCUUCUUUAUUACCAUCAUUAAUGGGACAAUUGUAAAAGUGAUACUUGACAUAGCAAUUCCAAGAACAUAUUUUUUGGGGAAAAGUGGCCCUUGUACCAAAGAACCUAGAUUAGAUAGUAAAAAAGUAAAAAUCAACAUCAGUAAAAAUAAAUAAUAUGCACACAAAUUAAAAGAGAGAGAGAAAGAGAUAGAUGGAAAGAGAGCAAGAGAGAGAGAUCACAUCCUUCUAAAGAAGAAGACUGAAGACUUCUGCCUCUGAGCAUUGACGUCAGUGGCUGGCAAAGGAAGAACGUCUUUAAAAACUCCCUUUCCAGCAGAGCAGCUCUGUUUUCCAGUGGAAACCCAUGUCCCCUUCCCUGGGGAGUGACCAAGCAAUCAGCUUUCUCUUGGGUCUCAGUCGUAUGGACUACUAGAAAUCCCACCUCUGACUUAGUGUACAAGAGCUUU